AUGGCUGCCAGGCCCCUCUUACUUGAUCUCGGAUGCCGAAACGAGUCCAUAUGCCGGUCGUGCCUGGUGAGCCUCGUACGGCGUCCGAAGGCUGCCUCUGCUGCUACAUCGUGGGUUGGAGGAGCUCGGUACAUAUCGCAUACGGCCGAGAGACGAGCACGGACACGUUCGAGGACAAAUGGGGGCGAAUCGACCGCAACGACGACGACAAGGGCAAAGAAAUCUGCCUUUGAGAGACCGACGCAGACAGAGGCCGUGCAGCAGCAGCAACUUGGUGACCUGUCCGAGGCGGCCGGUAGUAGAGGUCAGAAUGUUGAGGGCGAGUCGAACAACUUCUCGGUUCGCUUCUUCGAGCAGGAAGGCUCGAAGCUGACCGAGAUCCCCGACGAUGGAUCGUAUGAGCAGGGGCUGGGCGGCGUGGACGCGUCGGUGCUGCGGAACUCGUUCGAGCAGAUGAAGAGGGUCGCCGGGUCCAAGGGGGAGAGGGAAGCGCUGGACGAGGUCCUGGGCGCUAUGGGGUCUAACUGGGGCCAGAUGAGGACAAAGGACGACGUCGAGAGGGCCAUGCAGCGGAUGGAGAAGUAUGGCGCGUCCAUUGACGCCGAGAUCGAAGCUACGCUCGCAGAGCUGCCUGAGGAGAUCCGAGACGGCGUAGCUGAGCGGUUUGGCCCGCUGCUGUCGAGACCCAAGUUCGGCACGAGACCGAUGUCAGUGCCUUCGUCGUCGUCGUCGUCGUCGUCGUCGGUGCCGACGCACACGCGAUUCCCACCACCUCCGCAGAUCCCGACGCAGCCAUAUACAGCGAACCAGCGCAAGAAGAUAUCGAGGCUCAACAGCGCCAUGCAGCGCGUGGCGCGCGAGAUGCGAUUGCCCGCCGGCCUGACGGAUAGACACGUCUCGACCGUAUACAGGGCGUACCACGCCGCACGACUGUCACUGGCGUCUAAUUGGGCCAUCGUGCCACUGCCGGCGUGGGACCUGCUGUGGAGCAUCUUCGCGGCGGACGAGUCUGUCAAUGCGCACCGGCUGACGCACGUGUCGCUGCUGGCACGGGACAUGGGCGACGCGCGCGUACCGCUCAGCCCGGCGCAGCAGCUGCUGACUAUCGAGGCCAUCUUCGUCGAGGGGUGGGAGGGCAAGGCGCUAGAGAGCUGGAAGCGCUGCAUGCCCAGCCUGGGGGCCGGGUCGGCCGAGACAUUCCGCGACUUCUGGGAGCUGGGCGUGCGCAUGAGCUGCCGCGUCGGCGACAUGGACCAGGCGCAGCGGUGCGUCGAUCGGCUGGUGGGCGCGCACUCGGACCCGCGCAUCCUGAUGCCCGUCAUCCGCACCUGGUCGGAGCGCGGCACGGCACGGGACCACGACCGCGCCUGGCUCGCCUACCGCCGCAUGAGGGACCUGCUGGGCCGCAGCAUGAAGCUCGCCGACUACGAUCAGGUCGUGUCCUACUUCCUCACCACCAACCAGACCGACAACGCCCUCCACGCCUUCGUAGACAUGAUGAGCGACGGCCAGGUCGACCUCCGCAAGCAGAAGUACCUUCCGUCAGUUGUGGCUAACAAGUUCUUCGUCGGCAAGUGGCUCAAGCGUCUAAUCGGUGCCGGCGACCUCGACGGCGCCUACAGCGUUGUCGACUUCAUGCGCCGCAAGGGCGUCGAGGCCUCGCCCAUCCACCUCAACGGUCUGGUGGGCGCGUGGCAGCGCUCCGGGACCGCCGCCAGCAUGGACAAGGCCGAGCGUCUGGCCUGGGAUAUGAUAGGCGCGCGCAUCGACUUUGUACGCUCCAGAAAGGAGAAGGGCGUAACAGCGGCCGCCACCGCUGCGGUCCCCAAGAAAAAGAAUAAGGACGACGUGGCCCCCUUCCCACGCGCCACCCUCGAGACCUUCUCCCUCCUGGCAGAGAACUACCGCCUCCGCGGCUUGCACGACCGCAUGGUGGAAUUGUGGGACUCUUUCCGCGACGCCGAAAUCAGCCCAGACGCCUUCAUGAUGAACCAGCUCCUCGAGUCGUACAUCCAGGCCGGCCAGGCCAAGGAGGCGCGCGCCCUGUACGACAGCCUCGUCUCGGACCGGGGCAUCGUCCCGGACCCGUACACCUUCAGCGCCCUGUGGAAGACUCUCGACAUCAACCGGCUACACCACGUCCCGUCGGGUGCGCUAGCCGACGAGGCCGUCGCGGCACGCAGCCUCUUUGCCGAGGCAGCGCGCUUCCGCUCUAUUUUCUCCACCGCCACGACCUCAGAGGACGGACAAGGCAGCGGUGACGGCAGUGGUGGUGUCGGUACCGUCAUGGACGGGCAGCUCGGCCGCAAGAUCCUCCACACGUUCCGUCGCAUAGGCGACAACGCAGGCUUCCUCGUGGCCCUGACGUCGCUGAGGCAGCUGUUCGGCUUCAUGCCCUCCGAGGCGCUGGUCCUCGAGCUGACCAUGGGCACCACCCGUCUGUCGUGGGACUCACCCCCCCAGAGGAGACGACUCAUAGCUGCCAAGCGUCAGCUGGACAGCGACCUGCUCGCCCACGUGGACGGGGACGCCUCGAGGCUAGGGGAUGAGACGACCCGUAGCAAUGUGCUGUACGAGUACCUGCAGAGGAGGUACUGGCCGUCUGAUGGGGCGGAUAAUCAUGCCAAGGUGGUGUUUCUAGAAACGGCGAGGGAGAUGGGUGUUUACCAGGCCCUGGUUGCCAAGGGGAAGGGAGGUGAAGUGUAA